CGUAAUUGACCACAUCAGCAGAUGAUGGCGACAGCAGAGGAAGUGCUUUGGGAGUGGCAGCCUGAAGCCAUUGCGCUUGUGGUAGAGGAUGAAGAUCACCGCCUGCAUCUCACAGAGCAGGGCGUGGACCUCCUUCGCUCCUUCAAUUACCCCGUUGCGGUGGCCUGUUUAGUUGGUGGCCCCACUCGUCAUGACGUCUUCCAUGCCUUUGUCGACGACGGGAUGUCGAACACAGUCCCACCUCUCGUUCCCGCCACCCAUGGCAUCUACUUGAUCGGCUCGGCUGAUUUCAUGCGCACUGGUCGAUGCAUGCUCGCGCUAUCCCUCACUGUAGACCUCGAGGACGACGACCAGCACGCACCAUUGUGGGACUUGGCGCUUCUCCUCAGCUCCAUUGUCCUCUACAUCAACGACGGAGAGAUUCCGACACCGCCACCGCGGCUCUUGGACACGCUCGAAGUCAUUCGCGCCCUCAAACCCGACUGUUCCACCGACGACAUCAACGAGUUCCUCCCGAGCCUGUUGUGGGCGACCGCAUCACCCUCCGACGCUCCAUCAGCUGCAGCUUUCCAUGCGUCUUCGUGGCCGUUCGAGCUGCCUUCCACGGCCGUCUCGGACAUGGCGACGCUCGAUCUGGUUGGCUGGUGCGUCUAUCCUUCCCAUGCUGCUCCAUCCUCUGACGCCGCCACCAUCAUCGAUGACAUGCGAGUCAUACUCCUGCAUCACACCAAGACCAAAUCGUUCUUUGGCACGUCGUUGCAUGGAGACAUGCUCGUGGCUUUAGUCGACCAUGCGCUUUCGUGGCUACCACGCGACGAUUCAUCUGCCACGUCCGUCACAGUUGACUUCCUUGGGGGAUGGGAGCACAUGGUAGGCAUGCAGUGCACCGCCGUGGCAGCGACGGCGCUGGCCGCCUACGACGAUGUGAUGGCAGAGGUCGACCCGCCGCCAUCCUCCGCCCCUCUCUCGUCGAGCGUCCGUCCGCCGAUGCCAUUGGCCGAGUUUGAAAAGCUCCACGUAGACAUGCACGAAAUGGCCAUGUCCUCGUUCACUUCGCAGGCGAAACCGUACAAAAAGUCGAGGGCAUACCGCCGACACAAGCAGUCCCUCGUCGGCACUCUCCAGACGUCGUGCACCCGUCACCGCCGCGCCUUGAUCGAGUCGUCCCGGGUGUAUUGCACUGCCGUGGCUCAUGUCCACUUGUCUUUGUUAUCUAACGAGUCGACCGUACCCGACGAUACACCGUCAACCUCAUCUUCAUCGCCAGCGCCUCCCAACGGCACCAUCGAUCAUUCAACUCCUCCAACAGAAACGUCACAAGACGAUGUAUUGAGCGCAUUUGUGCGCGUCUACCGCCAAGCCACGACCGGCCAAGUUGCAGCGGACCAAGUGCUGGCCACCGUCGUGGUCUCCGACGUCGCCGACUUCCUGACCCGCCGCCAACACGCAGCCAAAGCGUCGUGGACGAGCGCGCACUUGGCGUCCGAGCGAUCUGCGCUGCAGGCCGCGUACGCCGCCAAGCAGGACCAGCUCACGGCGCACUUCCAUGACCAAGCGCUGCAGCUGCGGGAGGCCCUCGCGGCCGAGAAGAAGCUCUGGACCCAGGCACACAUGGCCAAGCAAGCCCGCGACAAGAUCGACGUGCAUGAAACCAAGCGACUGGCGGAUGAUCUGUCGGCCGCCGCGGCCACGAUCGCAGCGUUGGAACGAACCAAUCAGGCGCUGCAGGAUGAAGUGGCAGCGCGAGACGCCACCAUCGGCCACCUCCAACUACAGGUGUCCGACUUGCAAAGGGCGACCGCCGACGAUGACCGCGUCCGGUCGGCGCUCGUGGACAGCAUCGCAGAAUCCAUUCGAAACGAAAAGCGACUCGAAGCGGCUCUGGCAGCUGCCGAGUCGGCCGCGACCGCCGCCGCCGCCCACCUUCGGAUUCUGACAGAGGAAAAAGAGCACCUGCAGACGAAUUGGCGGCAGCUGAUGGUGCAAAUCACAGCGUUGCCACCGCCGCUGCAGCACCAAGUGCUGUCUUUGCAUGUCGACGAACAAGCGACCGGACACGAACACACGACCGUGGGGUUUUCGGACGCACUAAGUAGUUUCAUGUCCACUUAAAGAGUACGACUACUACUACCGGUACUACCAUACCACACUACGUAGUGGUAUGGUACGAACAAAGAAGUAAUCCCCGUGUUGUAGGUCUCGUUGACUGUGUGGUUUUGGCUGACAUAUAAGAAGUCUUAACGACGACUUCUCUACACCUGGAGUAUGGGGAAGCGAAAGUGGAUCAAGUGUGUGUCGAAGUAGUCGAUAAGACAUAACUCAGGUUCAGCCAUGU